AUGCAGCACUUCUUUAAAUGUUCGAAAACGCUUGCCUGGAAUGAAAAGGGAAGUACCGAAGUCGAUAUCGGUUCCGCGGCGUUCCCUGAAGCAAUCGAUGUCCUGCAGAAAAUCGACCUGUUCAACGGCAAGUGGAUGAAAAGUAAGAACAACAGUAUAUGGCGCUGCCGUCUCAAGCAAGGACAUUCAUCGACUCCAUAUUUCGACCUAGACUUCGUCGUCAAGGCACAUAUGCGUCCUCGUGAGAAAGCCUUAGGCGAGGUGGAGGCACUGAAAGCGUUGCGGCAUCCUCACAUAUGCGCGUAUGUUGCGCAUUUCCAGUCAGACCUGGGCACAGGCAUUUUGAUAUAUCCUUCAGCUUGUAUUGAUCUUUCAGACUUAAUGCGGAACGUCUCUCUGUCGCUCGACGUCACUGGCGCGCUCAAAGAUGCUCGGGGCUACCAUGUGGACUCCACAGGCCCAAUUUUACGAUCUCUGUUAUGGCAUAGUGGAUCAAACGACGAAGGUGACGCUGGCCGAACGUCAGGCUGUCCUGAUCCUUGCCAGCGUCACUUGUUCGGUCUUGACCUGACCGUACGUAUUGCCAUGUUGUCGACGUACCCAGCCUGCCUCUGCGAUGCCAUAAAGUACGUCCACGACAAAGGCAUCCUUCACAGGGACUUGAAGCCAGAGAAUAUCCUUGUGGAUCGAAAUGGGUCAGUGCUGCUUGCAGACUUUGGGUGUUCCGUCUUCACGUCUUCUUACGACGUAUCAGACGGUCCCAAAGGCGCAAAAAGGUACACAGCACCGGAGGUUUUCGAGGAAGGCAUCAUGUAUACUGAAGCGUCGGACAUCUUCUCACUUGGAGCAGUGCUUUCAGAACUCGAAACUUUGACACAAGGCCAUACGCUCGAAGAAUAUCAGCUAGUGCGGCUGAAGAACAUUCAAGAUUCACCAAGGCGGAUCGAACGGAGGUUUUCCGAUACCAUUGGGGAGUGUGAAGCGUGGUUGCGCUCUUUCGAGAGGAAUUCGGAUCCCGCACGGAUCGAGACAAUCAUUAGUAUGCUGUCUCAAGACCCUGGGAAACGGCCGACUCAACGUCUUGCAGGUCAAUUGCGACAUGACCUUUCAUUGAGGUGUACGGACUGUCACACCGCAGCCUAG